GAGGCCGGAAGGAGCGCCGCUGCAGCUUCGGCGGCGCCGGCUACGGAGCUCUCCGUCGCCUCUUGAGGUGACUGACCGCUCGGACGCGGAGGCGGCCGGCAGAGCUUUCCUCGCGGGCUAGUUAAGUGGCGAAUGGUUACCAUGUUUAGAUAUUAGCAAUCACGAAUGUGCAUGACUGCAGCUGAAAAUGGCAGAGGGAAACAAUAAUGAAGAAGUAAUUCACUUGAACAACUUUCACUGCCACCGGGGACAAGACUGGAUCAGUCUCAGAGAUGGGCCCAUCACCAUAUCUGACUCCUCGGAUGAGGAAGGGACUCCAAUGCUGGUCACCCCGGCUCCUCAGCAGCAUGAAGACGACCUGGAUGAUGAUGUCAUCCUGACAGAAACAAAUAGACCUCAGACAUCCCGACCCAAUCUCAUCAAACCAGCUGCCCAGUGGCAAGAUCUCAAAAGAUUGGGAGAAGAAAGGCCUAAAAAGUCUAGAGCAGCAUUUGAAUCAGAUAAGAACAGCUAUUUUUCAGUGUAUAACACCUCGUUGUUUGAUUCUGGGGCACAGGAUGAUUCUGAGGAUGACUACAGUGAAUUUCUGGAUCUCGGACCUCCUGGAGUCUCCGAAUUCUCUAAGUCAAGUGGCCAAACAGCAAGAGAACCCAAACCUGGACCAAGCCAUAAUCAAACAGCAAAUGAUACUGUCAACCCCAGAUCAGAGAAGAAAGUCGUCAUAUUGGAAGAAAGUGGCCUUCUUUUCUCAGAAGGUAAUCCUUUGGAAAUUCAGCACCACUCAUCUGAUGACUCGGAGUCAGAACUCUUAUCAAAUCUUGGAGGAUCAGCUGCCUUGGUAGAUGAUCAGGCCAUCGAAGAAGACUACUGGCUAGACCAUCCUUACUUCCAGGCGUUAAACCAACCACCCCUGGAGAUAACAAACCAGGUUGUUCCCCAGGAACGGCAUGCUGAAGUAGAGCUGGGCCCCUUGCUGUUUCAGCAUGACCUGCCAGAGCCAGAUUUUCCAAGGCCAGCUUUUCCAAGACCAGAACCACAGCAGGACGGCAUUCCAGGCCCUACUUCUCCUCAGCCCGCCCAUCCUCUUGGAGAACUUGAAGAGCAACAGUUAGCAACUGACGAUGAAGAGCCAGGGCCAGCCUUUCCCCUGGAGGGAUCUCAGGAGGGCAAUCUGGAAAACCUAUGGGAACAAGAGCCUGCUGAGAUCGAUCAAGAACUCAUUACGCUGUUAGUGAAAGAAACAGAAGCAAGGUUUCCAGAUGUAGCAAAUGGGUAUAUUGAGGAGAUAAUUCAUUUGAAGAGUUACUAUGAUUUGAAUGUGUAAGUAUUCUGUCAUGCC